UCCUUUUCGAAUAAAAUAUGGAGAAUAAGAACCUAAUUAUCAAUAGUACAUCUUUUGGUGAUAAAAAAAUGCCACUCAAACCCACAGUUAUUCCGUAUGAUAUGGAUAGCUCUGAUGAAGAAGAUGACAUUAAUGUUAAUAGCGCUACAACGAAAAAUGUUUUUAACAAUAAAACCAACAGUGUCCAGAGUAUCAGCACAACCACAGCCAUAACUACUGCUAAAGUAGCUAUUUUAAACAACUCAAAUAUCAGCAGUACCAACAACAAAAGAGAAAGCACAGUUUUGGCAAGCGAAGCACGGCGUCUUGACGAAACUAAUACCAUAUUACGUCGACGAGCAGUCUGUUGGUUCACUGAUAUUGCUGGAAAAGAUUCUCGAUCUUCCCAUGACCGACUUAUGGAUUUUUUUAAAAAAGAUAAUGAUAAAUAUUUGCUGAUAUAUCUUGAAAAACAUCCUCAUAUUCGUAUGGGUAAAAAAGAUAUAUACAAAAUGGUCCUGGGUUAUUUUCAUCAAAACGGUAUCAAAUAUCGAACAUUAGCAGCUAUAACUUCACAUUCUGCACAGUACCUAAUUAGAAGAUACCAGGCAGCACUCAGAAUGUACAUCACCAAUCCGAGUGAUACUCUUGGGAGUAACACAAUUCAAGUUCUACAAAAGAAAUAUGGUAGCUCCGAAGAAGCCUGGAGCCGAUUUAAGAAGUUGGUGGCCAACGAAUGCCCUGAUUUUUGGUAUUUGUUUAAAGUAACUGGAGAUAUCAAACGCGAUCUAAAAUUUUCCCGCGCUAUAAUGGCUACUACUAGAAGUCAACAAAAGCAAACCAUGACUACCGCCAAAAAAAAGGAUCCAAAAACCAUUGCCCAUAAGGAUAAUAAUGCUGCUGUUGCAACAAAACACGUAGACAUCAAUACGAAAUCAAGCCCCCAUAGCAUUGCUAAACAACCAAUGUAUGGUGUUAGCAGAUUGCAAGCGUGUAAUACCACCAAAAAAAAUGAUCACUACAAAGCCAUAAGGGCAGCUGCUGAGAAAAGUUAUAGCAAACAUUCAAGACCGGUUGUACAAAUUCCUUUGAAACGAGGUUUACAAACUAUUCGACCUAUAGCGAUACCUUCAAUGCGUGCAUUAGCAACAACCACAACUAGAAUAACAGCCCCAAUUCUAAAUAGUCGCAAUGAAAAUAAGAGUAUGGAUAAUACCAAUAAAAGCAGCGGUAUCAAUUUUAAGCUCGAUAGUAGUAUUUCAGAUGAUGACCAUGGCACUAGUAAUACAAAUCAAAAGACAGUCAAUACUAACGUUAAAAACUCUUUCAUAAACAGCAGUAGCGGAGCCGUCAAAGCUGAUCAAGGGACUAUCAAUAAUAGCAGUAAUAAUUGCGCUUCUAAUGGAAAUAAGCAGACUAUCAGCACUGGUCAGGAAGCUAUUACGGACAACGUUGAAAGGCACAACUCUCACGUCAAUAAUGCUACCAACAACCCAGAACAAACAAUCUCUAAGAAUAUCAUUACCGAAAGGCCAAAUGCCACCCUCAGCACAAUACAAAAAAGGAGUGAUAAUGGAAAAGAUGACCGACUGCCUCAACGCGCUGUUAGUAGCCAUAAUAUUAGCACUAGUGAGGUCAUUAACCCAGCAGUACAAGAAAAGCAAUGUAUUGUUAUCAAUGAUGAAGGAUCACUUGAGAAAAAAAUUAAAGAACUAGAUAUUCUUGAGCGAGAAUUAAUGUUACAAGAACGACAAUUAUGCUUGAGAGAACGUGAAUUGCAACUACAGCGUGAGGCGAUUCUAAAACCACAAGAGUACGAAAGAGAAAGAAAUUUGAAAAUCAGAAAAAUGGAAGUGGACGCAGAUGAGUAUGAAAGGGAGAAACGAGCAAAAAUUAGAAGACUAGAAUUGGAAAAUUUGGAGUUAGAAAGGAAGUUAAUUGGGCGCAUAACGUUCAAUUAAAGCGAUGCAUUUCCGUCGAUACCGAUUAUUUUAAGCAUACCCUUUAUGUACGUUCACCCAAUCGUAUACAAAAUAUACGUGCAUAAAAUUGAACCUUUUCAAUAAAAGUCGGAGCUUAC